CUGGAGCUCAAGUGGAUGCCAAUCAAAGCAUCAACUUCAAAUUGUAUCUGAAAGAUCAGCCCAGGACCUAAGGGCAGACACAUCAGUUGGAGCUCAAUUGUUGAUCAGAUCACAUCUAAGGGAUUUAGGAGCACAGAAGAGCCGAGAUUUGAGGGGGGACAAAAAGGAGCACCCUAUCCAAUCCUCACUCCUCUCUCCCCUUGUUCCCAUCUAGACUUUUCCUCUCUCCGUAGAAUACAUUACUAAUCACAGCGAGAGAGCGAGAGAGCGAGAGAGCGAGAAGAGUACAAGGUUGCUGCACACUACACUACUUCAUUUUUUUUUUUGGGGGGGCCAAGAGUUUGGUCUGGUUUUUCCAGCGCUGUGCCUGAUUCGCCCUCCCCUUUUGUUAUUGUGCUGGAGAGCCAGCGAUCCCCUGGCGGAGAAAGAGAGCCCUAGUCAUUGAGAGACAUGUCCUUUCCACAGCUGGGCUACCCCCAGUAUCUCAGCGCUGGCCAGGCGGCUGUCUAUGGAGGCGAUCGGCCGGGAGUGCUGGCGGCAGCGGCGGCUGCGGCAGCGGCGGCCGCAGCGGGAUCAGGGAGGCCGACUGGAGCGGAGCUGGGGAGCAGUUCUACGGCCGCUGUCACCUCUGUGCUGGGCAUGUACGCCAGUCCUUACAGCGCCCCAAAUUACAGCGCCUUUCUGCCUUACACCACCGAUCUCACCCUCUUCUCUCAGAUGGGUUCACAAUAUGAGCUGAAAGACAACCCUGGCGUCCAUGCUGCCACUUUUGCUGCACACACCGCCCCAGGUUAUUACCCUUAUGGACAAUUUCAGUAUGGUGACCCAGGCCGGCCUAAAAACGCCACCAGGGAAAGUACCAGCACAUUGAAGGCCUGGCUGAAUGAGCACAGGAAAAACCCUUACCCCACCAAGGGCGAGAAGAUCAUGCUGGCCAUCAUCACCAAGAUGACCCUCACCCAGGUCUCCACCUGGUUUGCCAACGCCAGGAGGAGGCUCAAAAAAGAGAACAAGGUGACCUGGGGCGCCAGGAGUAAGGAAGAUGACCAUCUUUUUGGGAGUGACAACGAAGGGGACCAUGAAAAAAAUGAAGACGACGAGGAGAUCGACUUAGAAAGCAUAGACAUUGAUAAAAUAGAUGAUAACGAUGGGGAGCAGAGCAACGAAGACGAGGAUGACAAGCCUGAGCACUUGAGGCAAAGUGAGAAAGAAAGUUUAAAAAAGGAAAGCGAAGUCCUGUUGGCGGGGGCUGAUGGACUUAAAUCAAAAGACUCUUUGUCACUGACGAAAGAACUCUCUGAAAGCAACAAUACCAGAAUCGUGAGUCCCGGCGGACAGGGGAAUUUACAAGUUUCACCACAUAGCAAACCAAAAAUCUGGUCUCUUGCAGAGACAGCGACCAGUCCCGAUGGUGCCCUCAAGUCCUCUCCUUCUCCUCCUCAAGUAAAUCACGCUUCUCCACCCAUUCAGCACCCGGCCUUCUUACCCAGCCAUGGACUGUACACAUGCCAGAUUGGCAAAUUCCACAACUGGACAAAUGGUGCUUUCCUCACUCAGAGUUCUCUGAUUAAUAUGAGGUCCUUGUUAGGAGUAAAUCACCACCACGCUUCUCAUCACAACCACCACCACCUCCAGGUCCACCAGCAAGCACCUCUCUUAACAGCCAACUUGGGGUCUCUCAGCAACGACAAAAGCACUGAGAGGACCAGUCCCAAGCACACAGACAGAGAAAAUGUCCCAAGUACCGAUUCCCCCACACAGUUGAAGUCCUCAUUUCAGGCUGCAAGAGAAAACUCCUUGACACAACAAGAGGGAACAGCUCGCAUAUUAACGGCACUUCCUACAGCCUGAUUGCUAAAUCCUCAGCAGUGAUUAAGAGACUGUUUAAGCAUUAUGGACAAUAAUGAGA